AUGCAUUUACCGGAGUACAAAAACCAGCCUUUCAAAGCUCCAAGGAAAAUUGCAUCUACUUCGAUACCUUCCACCACGCUGAAAAGAAGCAUGCCGGUGGUGAGAUCCUUACCCACAAAGAAGGUAAGGUCUGAAGUAAGUAUAUCACCCUCACAGAAACAACAUACCAAAAAUGUAACAGAGACAAUAUGUUUUACUACAAUGUACAGAAAACCAUCAAAUAAGAAGAUGAAGACUUGGGCGGGAGAUGGUUACGCCGUUUCAAAAAAUGAGGGGAAAAAAUUGGUAUUCUACAACGACAAUGGGCAAAGCAUUGGUACCUCCGUACCAUCUCACGAUCUGAAAUCUGGGGAAAUAUACAACGUUUUGUUCAGAGUAUCCGGCUGGGAGGUCCAGCUUGAUCAUGAAUUGACGAAGGAGGACGAGCUCGUCACCUUGAAACAGGUUUUGAAGGCGUCUCUAGAUGAAAAUCCUGUCCCAUCGCGAGGUAACAAAAAGAAGGUGAGUCGACUGGAAGAUGAGGAGCUCCGGGAAAGGAGUUCAGGAAUACCAGUAUCUGAACUGUUUUCAAAAAAGACAGUAACAAAAUUCAAGUCUGUGAUGCCCAAAUCCAAAGUUUUCACCCCACUUUCCAAUAAUAAUAAUACAAAGUCACCUAAUAAAACAAACGCUGUGAAAUAUCUGCCCGUGUUCGACCUUGCAAAUAUCCCAAAUCCUAUCAUAAUGAAUAAAUCUGAAGAUGCAGACGUAGAUGUUAUCGUUGAUCCGUUGCUCGGUAAGCACAUGCGGAAUCACCAAAGGGAAGGUGUUAAAUUCAUAUAUGACUGUGUUAUGGGCUUGUUGAGGACGAAAGAGGUGCCUUUAGACGUUGUAGAUAGGAGUUUGAUUUUGGAAAAAGAUUCUGACAUUAAUGGAUGUUUGCUGGCAGACGACAUGGGUCUUGGGAAAACUUUAAUGACUAUUACGCUGAUUUGGACACUUCUGAAACAAACUCCGUACGCAUCUAAAGUCGAAUGUUCACAAUCUGGAGUGCCUUUACAAGGCACAUGUAAAAAAGUAUUGAUUGUCUGCCCCGUGACACUCAUUGGUAAUUGGACGAAAGAAUUUCAUAAGUGGCUUGGACAUAAUAGAGUGGGUUUGCUGACAUUGCAUCCUAAUAACACACCAGAUAUGGAUCGAAAUGCCGUGAAAAACUUUCUGAGAGUCCAAAGAACGUACCAAGUUUUGAUUAUUGGUUAUGAAAAACUUCUGAAUCUUUCUGAGGAAUUGCAAUCCAAACAAAUUAACAUGAACCGAAUUGAUUUAUUGGUUUGUGAUGAGGGUCACCGAUUGAAAAAUAGUUCUUCCAAGGUUCUGAACGUCUUGAAGGAGCUCGACGUUAAAAGAAAGGUGCUGCUGUCUGGGACCCCAAUCCAAAAUGAUCUGACUGAGUUUUACACUAUUAUUGAUUUUAUCAAUCCGGGGAUACUAGGGAGCUUCAAUAAUUUCAAGAGGAAAUUCAUUGUGCCCAUAACAAGAGCUAGGGACGUUGCAAACAAGUUCAACGAUGAUGUCCAAGAAGUAGGUGAGGAAAGAUCAAAAGAAAUCAUCGAAAUCACCAACACCUUCAUUUUAAGGAGAACGAAUGAUAUCUUGACCAAAUACCUUCCUCCUAAAACAGAAGUUAUUCUAUUUUGCAAACCGUCUAAAGUCCAACUUGACGUCUUUUAUGCUAUUCUGAAUCACUCAAAGCUCGACUUUGGAAGCCUUACCGUUAAUUCAUCGUUAGGCUUGAUCACUCUAAUGAAAAAGAUAUGCAAUUCUCCUUCGUUGCUAAAAAACGAUCCUUAUUACUGUAAAAUACUGAAAACACCAGAAAAAAACAUUCAGUAUCUGAGUGCUUUGGAUUCCGGGAAAUUAAGGGUUUUAAGUGCUAUUUUGAAUCAAAUACGAACUACUGGGUCGGAGGAGAAAGUUGUAAUUGUAUCAAAUUACACUCAAACGUUGGAUAUAAUUCAAAACGUUUUGAACUCAAAUAAAAUGGUUUAUUGUCGACUGGACGGUUCGACUGCCCAGAAAGAAAGGGAUGCUAUAAUAAACUCCUUCAACAAAAAUCCAGCCGUUUUUGCGUUUCUUUUGAGUGCGAAGUCCGGUGGUGUCGGACUGAACUUAAUUGGCGCUUCUCGGUUAAUUUUAUUUGAUAAUGAUUGGAACCCUUCCGUCGAUUUACAAGCCAUGUCAAGAAUUCAUAGGGAUGGGCAAAAGAAACCCUGCUUCAUAUAUAGACUGGUUACUACAGGCUGUAUUGAUGAGAAAGUUUUGCAGCGGCAACUUAUGAAGCAUAGUUUGAGCCAAAAGUUUUUGGACAAUUCAAAUGAUACUGCAAAACGCGGUUCAAACGAUGACUUAUUUACCAAAGAGGAAUUGAAGGAUUUGUUCACGAUAUCCUCAGAUACGCUGAGCAAUACGCAUGAUUUGAUUUGUACAUGUGACGGUAACGGAGAAGAUAUACUGAUCGAAGAACAGGAAAUGGAAACUGCUGAUGAAUUAGAAAGGAAAGAGAGAGCUUCGUUAAGUCAAUGGAACAGUGCAUUGGAGGCUCAGAAGGUGAUUAAUGAAUCAGAAUCGCAUGCGGCCAGUAACAGGAGCAGAACAAUCAGAAAAUGUCUUGUCGGUUACCGCCAUAUAAAUCCCGCCAAAACGGAGGACUUGUGUGACGAUGUUACAUCUAAGGCAGUAAUCCAAUUAAAGGGACAGAUAAGUUUUGCACUUGUAAAACCUGGUAGUAUAUACGAUGAAAUAUCUACAUAA